AUGUGCUCGCAGGUCUGGUUCCUGACGGACCGGCGCAUCCGCGAGGACUACCCGCAGGUGCAGAUCCUGCGCGCCCUUCGCCAGCGCUGCUCCGAGCAGGACGUGCGCUUCCGGGCGGUGUUCAUGGACCAGAUCGUCGUCACCGUCACCGGCGGCCACCUCGGCCUGCAGCUGAACCAGAAGGCCCUCACCACCUUCCCCGACGUUGUGGUUGUGCGAGUGUCCACACCUUCCAUACAGUCAGACAGCGACAUCACCGUCCUGCGGCACCUGGAGAAACUGGGCUGCCGCUUGGUCAACCGCCCACAGAGCAUCCUAAACUGCAUCAACAAGUUUUGGACAUUCCAGGAGCUGGCUGGACACGGGGUGCCCAUGCCCGACACCUUUUCCUACGGUGGGCAUGAAGACUUUUCAAAAAUGAUCGACGAAGCUGAGCCCCUGGGCUACCCGGUUGUGGUGAAGAGCACCCGGGGCCACCAGGGCAAAGCUGUUUUUCUGGCUAGAGACAAGCAUCACCUCUCCGACAUCUGCCACCUGGUCCGUCAUGAUGUGCCCUACCUGUUCCAAAAGUAUGUGAAAGAGUCUCACGGGAAAGACAUCCGCGUGGUGGUGGUGGGCGGCCAGGUGGUCGGCUCCAUGCUGCGCUGCUCCACGGAUGGCCGGAUGCAGAGCAACUGCUCCCUCGGUGGUGUAGGUGUCAAGUGCCCACUGACAGAACAAGGGAAGCAGCUGGCUAUCCAAGUGUCCAACAUCCUGGGAAUGGACUUCUGUGGCAUUGACCUCCUCAUCAUGGAUGAUGGGUCCUUCAUGGUGUGUGAGGCAAACGCCAACGUCGGCUUCCUAGCCUUUGACCAGGCAUGCAGCUUAGAUGUGGGUGGGGUCAUUGCAGACUAUACCAUGUCCCUGCUGCCAAACAGGCAGAUGGGGAAGAUGGCCAUCCUCCCGGGACUGUCGAGUCCUAGGGAGAAGAAGGAGCCAGAUGGCUGUGCUUCAGCUCAGGGAGUGGCAGAGACCGUCUACGCCAUCAACAAUGGGUCUACCUCUAGUGAGAGUGAGCCUGAACUGGGAGAGGCCCGGGAUUCUUCAGCAAACACAGUAGGGGUCCCAUCCCCCCAUGCUGCCCGAGCCUGGCUACAACGUUAAUAAUAAGACUGCUUCAGAACAAACUUCAGUGAAUUCCUGCUUUUUUUUUUUUCUUUUCCUUUUUUGGCAGCAUUUAAAACCAAAUCCUACUGCUU